AUGAUUUAUGAGAUCGUCCAGGUGGAGUUCGACGAACAGAAGGAGGCAGUGUCAUUUGAGGUGGACCGGGAUGCGGUGGCAUUUGAAUGGAUGAAGAAACUUGUCGAACCGUUUAAUCUUCAAUCAAUGGGGGUGCAUAAUGACCAAGGCAAGACCAUUUAUCGUUGUGCAAAGUGCGGCGGUGACCAGACCUGGUCAUGCUUGGACAAGCUUGAGAGACACGUUGCCCGUGCACACAGCGCGUUUGCAGAGGCACUGGCGAAAGCGACUGUGUUCCAGAUCGACAGGAAAGAUUGGUGGCGCUGUCCUGGCACUGACUGCAAACACGAGUGCGAUAGUGCCAGAAAAAUGCACGUCCACCUCUCGGGGAACGGGAAGUCAUCCUGUGCUAACCGGGCGCUCUACUUACCGAUGUACAAGGCGCACGUUGAAGGUAAAUCUUGGUGGAUGACCCACAGCACCAAGGCCAAGAAAGGUGCAAGGCUUCAGCAUUCGGAGGAUGAUGAUGAUGAAGGCGAGGAUGAAGACGAGAGCGAGGACGAGGAUGAAGACGAGGAAGUCAAACUGGAUGCGGCAGUCUUGGGUCUUGCUGACGCUCAGUUCCAGCAGGCGAGGCUUCGACUCAGCGAUAGUCGUCGACAAAAGCUUAAUCGACGAUACAUGGAGGAGGAUUUUUUAAAGAUGGUUGCUGAAGACUUGGAGGAGGAAAGGGAGGAAAGACAUCGACUCGAGGUCUGA